AUGGAGCACGGCAAGAGCUAUGGGCUGCUGGACAAGAGCACCGGCAAAGUGGACCCCCUCCACCUCGCGAUCCCUGGCCUCGCCCUCAAGGCCAUCCGGGAGAAGACCACCUUCGACGCCGUUGCCAAGCGCGACGCAAAGGACCUGAUCCCCAGCAAGGACCCCAAGGCCGACGGCCGCCGUGGCGGCGCCAAGCGCUCCCGCGAGGGGUCCAGCGCGGAGGAGGAGGGCGAGCGGCAGGGGCUUGGCAAGGACACAAUGCAGGUCGACCAGGCCGCCUGA